AUGAAUAAUUCUUCCAAAGAUAAAACUGAAACAACAUAUAAUAAUUUGGAUUCAACAUCCUCUAUUAUACCACAUAUUCAAGUUAUUCCUGCUAAACGAGAAGCCGAAAGUUGGGUCUGGUCAUAUAUUCAAAAAAAAACUCGCCGUUGUCAAGUUCUGGUCGAAAAAGAUGGUGUAAAACAUCAAUGUGAAUGGUUUUGUCAAAAAAAAACAAGCACAACUAGUAUUGCUGGUCAUUUGAGAAUGAAACAUCGAAUUAUUGAAGGAAAAGAAGAUAUUGAAACAGAAAUAGUUUCAAAACAAGAUGAUAAUUUUUUUCUUGAUCCAUAUAAGAGGGAGCGAAUCACAAACUGUUUAUUAGCCUGGUUAAUAGACGACAUGCAAGCAUUUCAUGUAGUAAAUAAUUCUAAAUUUCAAGAAUUAUUUUACGAAGCUGUACCACAAUAUUCUGUUCCGUGCAAGAAUAGUUUAUACAAAAAAAUGAGCGAAGCUGUCAGUAUUGGAGAAAAAAAAUUAGAUAAAUUAAUGGCAGAUUCUAUGGAAACAUUUUUUUUCACUACUGAUUUAUGGACACAACAUCAUAUAUCUUAUAUUGGAGUUACAAUACAUUGGAUAACUUCAGAUUUCGAAAUUAAACAAGCACUACUUACGAUCGCAAAUUUUUUAUAUCCACAUACGGGCGACAAUAUCGAAGAUUAUUUACGUAAGGAAUUUCAAAAAUGGAAUAUUACAGCAAAAUUAUUUGGAGGUACAACGGAUAAUGAUUCUUCAAUGAUAAAGGCAACUAUGCAACUUGCGAUUAAAGAUGGAUUAAAAAAUAUUAAAACUUUAAUCGAUGCGGCUAAAAAAUUAAAAAAUAUUAAAACUUUAAUCGAUGCGGCUAAAAAAUUAAAUAAUUUUAUAUCAAAUCAUGAUAAAUAUCGUGAUUUGUUAAAAACAACUUUUCGAGAAUUAAAUAAUUCAGACUUAUUUACGCGAGAAAUUAAUGUUUUGGAUCCAAUUACGUCUGAUACCGAUACACGUUGGAAUAAUUGGAUAGCACUAGAAGAAUUAAUUUUAUUAUCACAACCUUUCAUUGAUGCAACUAAUAUCACAUCUGGUAGCAUUUAUCCAACUCUUUCAUUAUGUAUGCAAUGA